AUGGGCGACUACAAUGUGCGAUUCACUCGCUUGCAGCCAACUAUCUCGCCACCUAUGCAAGUUCUUGAAGCGGCUGGCGUGAGAUACUGCGUGGUUGGAGAUCUCGUCGUUAUGGCCCUCGGCGGUCCCUUACUCCUGACUGACAUGUACUUCGCGGUUGCGGACGACCAACUGGAGUUGGCCAGGACUGCUCUGGCCUCACAUGGGUUUGACGAGCUGCCCCAGACACAUCUUCGGUUCUUCAGUGAUGCAACCAAGGAAAGCUCGACAGGUUGGCCUGGCUAUCGGUUUGUACCUCACGAAGCCGAUCCUGACGACGGUCCCGAUAGGUACUGGGCCACAAGCACCAUUAUAAUACCAGCAACCUUUUGGCAUCUCGAUUUGAGUCCAGAAUCUUUCACUACAACCACGUUUCUCGUUCCGGACACGGGUUACCGUUUCCCCUUCAAGCUAGUUUAUCUUCGAGCAAUUAUUGACGCUGUUGCUCAGCGCCAUGCCGACGAGGAGCUGAACGGUCAAAUUUCCUCCUACUUUCUAAUCCAAUAUGCCUACCUGCUGGGUCUCCUCCGCGAUGUUCUUGCAUGCCUUCCAGACGAGGAUCAAUUCUUCAUCGACUUCUUCGACAGAGUCAUUCUCUACAACACCAGGAAGAAGGUCUGUUAUCUCAGACAGCAGAUCCGAGACGGCCUUAUAACUUAUGAAACGGCAAGGGACCUCUUGCCCAAAAGUUUCCUGAAGCUCGAAGCCCUAAAAGCAAAGUACCGCAAGCUCGGCUAUGGCCCCAAAGGUGGGAAACCUUCCAUCAGAUUCCCACCUGAUUCCUCCAACGUCCCCCAACGUCAAAAUGGCUGA